AUGCUGGAUCUCAAAGAGCUCAAAGCCAUCAACGAGCCAGAUGACCAGCAAUCUCAACAGAAGCACCAGAGACAUGCAACAGACUGCAAAAAUAAUCAGUUUCAGGGACCUAGAGGAAAUGUGGAUGUUCAGUUGAUUGAUAAAAGCCCAAACAGAUACAGUGUCCAUUUCCCCACAGCUGGCUGGUAUCUGUGGCCAGCCACAGGCCUGGGCUUUGGUGUCAGGGAGGCAGUGACUGUGACAAUUGCAUUUGAGUCUUGGGGUCAGCACCUGGACCUGGCCCUGCAGCAGGACAAGUGCUGGAUGGUGGCAGGUCCCUUGUUUGACAUCACAGCAGAGCCUGAAGGGGCCAUAGCCAAAAUCCACCUCCCCCACUUCAUCUCCCUCAAAGAAGGUGAGGUCGAUAUCUCCUGGUUCCGAGUUGUCCAUUUUAAGGAUGAAGGGAUGGUCCUGGAGCAGCCAACCAGGGUAGAGCCUUUCUACGCUGUUCUAGAAAACCCCAGUUUCUCUCUGAUGGGAGUCCUGCUACGGAUUGCCAGUUAUGCUGGUCUCUCUGUUCCCAUCACUUCUACCACACUCAUCUAUUAUCACCCUCAUCCUGAAGAUAUUAAAUUCCACGUGUACCUUAUCCCCAGUGAUUGCACACUAACAAAGGCAAUAGAUGAAGAGGAAGACAGGUUCCACGGUGUGCGUCUGCAGAUGUCACCCCCAGUCGAACCCCUGAAUUUUGGUUCCUGCUAUAUUGUAUCUGGAUGUGCACACCUGGAAAUCAUUUCCAAGGAGUUGAAAUUAUGCUACAGGAGCCCUGGAGAGAUCCAGCCCUUCUCUAAAGUCUACGCUGGGCAGAUGAAGGAACCAAUCCAACUGAAAAUUACUGACAAAAGUCUUGGGAGUCUGGUCUGGGAGACUUUGGUGAAACCAGUGGAUCUACAGCUUGCUGCCGCAUCUGCCCCACCCACUUUCUCAGGAGCAGCCUUUGUGAAGGAGCACCACCGGCAACUCCGAGACAGGAUGGGAGACCUGAAUGGGGUGCUGGAUGAUCUUCAGGACAGAGAAGUCCUCACUGAGAAUGAGAAAGAGCGGGUGCAGCAGACACAGACACGGCAGAGGAAGAACGAGACCCUGUUAAGCAUGGUGAAGAACAAAGGGGACCAGGCCCUGGAGUUGUUCUACAGGAGCCUCAGUGAAAGGGACCCUUACCUCGUGUCCUCCCUCAGGCAGCCAAGUUAGUUCCCAUGACUUAGACAGAUACUCAGAGUGCCAUGAAGGAUUAACCUUGCUCAAAGAAAAGUUUGCCCAUUUUCUCCCAGGUCUUGGUAAGCAACUCCUGAUCCCUUGAAUAUUCUGCCUGAUAAGAGUGUCUUUGUUUACCUGGGGGCUUUAGAUCACACCAGAUAACCUAUGACAACAAUGUGACUUACGGUGAGGAUUGGGUCAUGUCUGAUAAUCUAUGAUAACAAUAUGAUUUAUGAUGGUGUCACAGGCUGUGUGGUAUCUUCUCAACCUCUAGAGGACCUGGAGACUAAGGUCAGCCACACAGAUGGUCAGUGUUGUCUAUGUGACUGACCCUCAAUAAAAACACUGGACACCAAGGUUCAGGUGACUUCCUUCUUUGGCAAUACUCCAUACCUGUUGCCACACAUUGUUACUGAGAGAAAU